GGCCACCGUCAUGCUCUUUGAUCUUUUUGUGUCUUUGAGGGUCAUCAAAUAACAUUGCGUAUCAAACCAAACAUUCCGAAUUCAACAGCGGGGCCUUCACAAAAGUUCUGCUCGCCAUAGUCUCGUCGCACAUCACGAGAUCUCGUCGCAGCAACCAGCGGAGCUUCUCUCGCCGCAACAGCAACUUGUCACCAAAGAUGGCGAUUUGCUGAGUGCUCAUGGAUACACACAUUUCUCGGCUAGUUGCUAACGUACCCGAAUCGCCAGCUUUGCAGACAAAUUAACGGCCCAGCGAGCAGCUCUUCUUCUCCCUGGAAGCACAUCUGACCCCGCGUCAGCCGCCGCCGCCAUGCAGAUCACACUGAAAACUCUGCAGCAGCACACCAUUCAAAUUGAAAUAGACCCCGAACAAACGGUGAAGGCCUUGAAAGAGAAGAUAGAAACAGAAAGAGGCAAAGACAACUUUCCAGUGUCUGGGCAGAAGCUGAUUUAUGCUGGUAAAAUCCUGCAGGAUGACACGCCCAUUAAAGACUACAAAAUUGACGAGAAGAACUUUGUUGUAGUGAUGGUGUCCAAGCCUAAGCUUGCAGCUGCUGCUUCAACCUCAGUCCCAGACGGACCCAAGCCCCCUGUACAGGACUCUGGCUCCACGUCGACAGCUGUUCCAGCCACAACCCCGACCCCAGCCCCUGCCCCAACCCCAGCAGCUGUCCCGAUCCCCCCGGAGGAGGUCAAAGAGGAGCCGAGCGCUGCAGCCACAGAACCACAACAACCAGCCAGCUCCAGUGGUGGGAGCCAGGGCUUGGAUGCCUCCUCGGCACUGGUGACUGGGGCCGAGUACGAGGUAAUGCUGACAGAGAUCAUGUCUAUGGGCUACGAAAGGGAGCGAGUGGUGGCCGCGUUGAGGGCCAGUUUCAACAACCCCCACAGAGCUGUAGAGUAUCUGCUCACUAGUAUUCCCAGCAGCCCAGUCCAGGAGAGUAAUCCACCUGCACAGGUCCCCACAUCUGGAUCUACAGACUCCCCAUCUCUAGCAGAGGCAGGAGAUAACCCACUAGCAUUCCUGAGGACCCAGCCCCAGUUUCUGCACAUGAGACAAGCCAUCCAGCAGAGUCCUGCUCUGCUACCUGCGCUUCUCCAGCAACUAGGCAGGGAGAACCCCCAACUUCUACAGCAAAUCAGUCAACAUCAGGAGCUCUUUAUCCAGAUGUUGAACGAGCCAGUGGGGGAGGGGGGCGAUGCACCAGAGGUGGGAGAUAUCGGGGCAGCAGGGGACGAGGGAGCACCUGUCAACUACAUUCAGGUCACGCCUCAGGAGAAGGAAGCCAUCGAAAGGUUAAAAGCGUUGGGUUUCCCCGAGGCUCUGGUCAUCCAGGCCUACUUCGCCUGCGAGAAGAACGAGAACCUGGCAGCCAACUUCCUCCUCAACCAGGGACUGGAGGACGACUGAAGACAGACUCCACUGCCUUCCCGCUCCUCCCUCCCACUCCUCCUCCUCCUCCUCCUCCUCCCCUCCUCGGCUCAGCAUAUAAAGACUGCACCCCCACAAAUUUUACUGUACAGCUACCAACCUCAGCUCAACCCAACUGGAGAUGAGGAGAGGGGGGAGCCAGCGCGGCGGUGGCGGGCGGGUGGGGCGGUGAUGGUGACGGGACAGGAAGGGAAGCGGGGCAAACGGGGUGGGUCGGGUUAUGGUGGGGUAUCAUGCUUAACGUACACAAAAUGGAGGCCGUGCGCAGGAAGGUCAGACAUGUAUUACCAGAGGUCGGGGUGGGUGAAAAUGUGUGGAAGAAU